ACCCAGAUCAGAUCACCUCAGAUCUAACAUUAAUACAUUUUUUCUAUAUAAUAGGGUCAUUUAAAAAAUAUUGUUUACAAGACCACAGGUAAGAUCAUUUUCUAUAUAAUAGGAUUAUUUAAAAAAUAUUGUUCGCAAGACCGCACCUACUACAGCUGAGGAUAUAAAAGACCACAUCAGACGAGCGUGUAGAAAUAUACUAGCCAACGUUCUUAGAAAAACAGUUGAUGCAUUCGAGAAACGGUUGCAACUAUGUAUUUGACAGGAUGGUGGUAUAGCAUUUAUUGUAGACCAAAAAUAUAGACUCCAUGUGACUUAGAUGUAACUCUACGGAGUCGAUCAAUUUUGUUUUCAUUGAUUGGAUCAAUCGUCGGUCUUGCAUUCACUGGCCAGAUCAAUCGUCGGUCUUGCCUUCAGUGGCCAAAUCAAUCUUUGAUCUUCUAAGCCCAAAUAUCUUAUAUACUAUUGAUUUUGUAAACAAAUGAUUAAGAUACCAAAAACAUUUAUUUUGAUUAAAUAAAUCCAAAAAUACAAUAAAACAUAGUUCUUAUUUUUUUUUAUAAAAUUGACUUUGAUCUGAGCUAAAAUCACGAAUCUUCACUUUUUGAAUAUGAAUAUCUCAACAAUUACUAGUUUUACAAUAGAAUGUCAAGAUAUAAAAAAUGUUCAAUUGAAAUAUAUAAAUCACAAAACGAAACAAAAAUAAGUGCUAUUGUUUAAAAAGAUAAAAUUGACAUUGAAAUAACCUUGAACAACAUCAUCUCUGAUAAGACUAAGGUUAUUAUCUCAUGUCCUCCUUUAAGGAGGCUCUUAACCAGCCACUCUAGUCAAUAUAGCAACCGACAAAUUAAUAUUAAAGAACUGCAGUGAAAUUGCCAUAACAAUCAAUAAAUAAAUAAAAAAGGAUUUUUAGACAGCCUACGUAUAUAAAUCGCGUUCAUUUUAUACAAAUUAAAAACUUUUUCAAGAAACAACUUGAUUACGUCAGUACUGGAGCGGAAAUUAGGCGCAGUACGCGCGGGCAACCGUCUGCUCCGAGCUACGAGUCGACAUUUGAGGUUGUAUUUACUGUUUUGCAAAAGCGAGUUUUUUUUACAAUGGAUCGAAAUAAACCAAAAGAAAGACAUAACAUCAGAAUGCUCAGAGGAAAAAAGAAAGGACAAUUUGCCAAAAAUAAAGUUGUAAGUGCUCGAGAAAACAACUAUGUCGCAAUUAUUAAUAGGUGCAGGGAACAAGCAGUACGUGUUAAUGAGGUAAACAAACCACCAGAGUGUUUUACUGAAAUAGAGUCUUUGGGAGCUCGUAGAAUUGUUAAUCUGAUCGUACUUGGACAACAAUUAUGGUGCCGCGACUAUAAAAUUCCACUAUCCAUCAAUAACAUACUCAGUGAAAAAAGAUAUGGUUUAGCAAGUAUUUUCAAAGUAAAAUGUAUGCAGUGUGAAAAAGAAGUUUUUGUCAGCACUGAUAAAAGACUUUCUGAAAAGGGUGGAUUCAUUGUCAACACAAAAGCAGCACUGGGAAUGAUCGAUGCUGGGAUCGGAGAAACCCAUGUGAAUUCUUUGUUGACUUCUAUGGAUGUUCCUUCAAUUGGACCCAAAACAAUCAAAAUCCACGAACGCGUAGUUGGUAAAGCAAUAGAAGAAGUUGCUGAAGGAUCAUGCUUGAAAAGUAUUCAAUUGGAAAAAAAAUUAACUGUAAAAGUAGCAAAAGAAAGUGUUUUGUAAGUUUAGAGUAAUUAUUGUAUGUAUAUACAUAUUCAUACCAUCGGGUGGAUGGUAUGAAUAUUUAUACCAUCGGGUAGAUG